AUGGCGGCCGAAUCAUCAACGUUAAAGGCCUCGCUGCAGAGCAUCGAGGCAGUAAGGCACCAGGACAAAGCGACACGCCAAGAUGACGGCUUCCUAUACCAGAAGCUCUUGUUCGACUGCCCCAUGACAUAUGAAACCACCCCCGGCGGCAAAGACACGGCCUGGCUGGAGAUGAGCGCGGAGCUACUAUAUGGACGAAAAGGGGACGACGUCCAAAAGAUCCUCUUCACUGAAAAGAACGUCAAGGACCUGCUUCGCACAAAGAAAAUACUUGUCUUCCUCUGUGGCGGGCCGAUGGACAAAAACGAAGCGAAUCGCAACCCGACAAUGAACGAACUACUCCUGGACAAGGGCUACUGGAUCCUGUUCCCCGACUACCGCGGCACUGGGCAGAGCAAGACGUAUAGAGACGUUCCCAUGGGGAAGCCAUCUAGGGAUAACAGAAUUGUACCCCAGCAAAUCGGUAACAAGUGGUACAAGAAGCUUCGCCAGACGGACAUCGUGCGAGAUCUUGAAAGCGUGCGCCGCUGCUUGCUGGGUGACAAGAAAUGGGAGACCUUGGGUCAGUCGUUCGGCGGCUGGGUCUCGCUCACGUAUCUCUCCUUUCACCCCCAGGGGUUGGAGAAAGUCCGCAUAGCUGGCGGUCUAGCACCGUUCGACAACGCCCGAGACGUAUACAAAAGCCUCUUCCGUUUAGUGAUCGAACGAAACGACGAUUAUUACCUCAAAUACACCGGAGACGUGCAGACAGUCCGCAAGGUCGUCCGCUGGCUUGCGAAGAAGGACAUGAAUAGGGAUAGUGUCGUGUUGCCAAAGGGUAAUUUGCCAGAGGCUGGAUUAUUGACCGCGCAGAGAUUCCUCUGCAUGGGCCGAAUGCUAGGGGCCAGGGGUACAUGGGAGAAAAUCCACGACACGCUGGCUGCCAUGGAGAGCGACAUCGAGAACGAUGACACCGGCAACCAGUUGACAGACGAGACUCUCGCCCUGUACAAGCACAACGACAGCUGGCGUAUCGAUGAUCGACCGGGCUAUGCAGUGAUGCAUGAGGCUAUGUAUUGCGUCCAAGAUGGGUCGCGAUCGAACUGGGCCGCGCAUGAUAUUGCGCAGAAAUUCAGCAGACAGUACUGGUGGGUCAACUGUGACCUGAAACAGAUAAGCGCGGAGCUCGAGAAGCGUGAUGGGAAACUCUACUUCUCCGGCGAGAUGGUGUACAAGUUCUUCUUCGAUACUUACGGGGGGCUGAUGGACAAAGAACUCAAGGAGGAGGCCUUCGCGCUCGCAGAAUAUAAAUGGCCCGAGAAGAUGUACGAUGAUGGGCAGCUGUCGAAGAACACGGUACCGGUCAACGCGGUAUCCUAUAAGGAGGAUAUGCACGUCGACCCCGUACUUUCAGAGCAGGCGAGGAAAAAGUUUGGGAACGGCUCGAUGAAUCAUGAACUAGUCGGCGAGGGGCUUGAGCACGCCGCUCUCAGAACCCACACGAAUAAGGUAAUAGACCUGUUGUGGAGGACUUAG